AGGGGAAGGGUUACAGACACACAAACAUAAAUAUGAGAACACAAACCUGAAGCUGAAAUGUUUUAACUGUAAAGUUUUUCAUUUGUGUUUUUUGUUCUGCGUCCCUCACAUUAACGGUAGACUGACCCCAACCAGACCCACGGCAGUGAUCCCUGCAGUAAGAACCUGAGCGGAGCAGAGCAAUGGCAGCUGGUUGGGUUUCUCCCAGCAUGCAUCAGGGUUGCCAGAGCAGAAAAGAGAUGCAGAUAUUUCUGUGGGAGGCGUCAGUCUGCUUCUGGCAGGCGCUUAAUGCAAAGUGUGGCUGUAGAUGAAGUCACAAACAUUUCAGCUGCUGCGUCCUCCCACAGACCGGCCCGCACAGACAGGGCAUUAUGCUGCUCAGUACCAGCUGGUACCACCACUCCUCAUCUUCCUCUGCACUUCAUGUGGGGCUCUGUGGAGUCUGAACAUGGAGCUGACCUGGAGGAGCAAACCUGUGGACCUUCUCUUCACAUGUGCUGUCUGCUUCUCCGUGGCUUCUGUGGCUCAGAAAAGAUUGUGCACCGUGCCUCCUGGCCCUGUCAGCGUCGCAGAAAACAACACGGCUGACGUGCAGGUGGUGAAGGUCAUUUCCAGCAGUGAUGUGACUCUGGAGGUCUCCGUGAACCCGGAGGAUCUAUUCUACAUCAAAGGCAGCGUCCUGAUGGUGAAGAAAGGCCUGGAUUACGAGCUGUUGCCCAGUGCAGCUCUGGUGGUGUGGGUGCUAUGCUCCAGAGAGGGAUCCACACCUGUGAACGAGUCUGUGGAGGUCCUGGUGCAGAAUGUGAACGACAACCCACCCAACUUUGCUCAGAACCACUAUGUUCUGGAAGUGAACGAGCUCCUGCCCAUCAACUCCAGCAUCGGGCUGCUGCAGGCCACAGACGUGGAUUCAGAGCCCCUCUACUACCGCUUGGAGUCUGCCACGGACAAAUACUUCCGUCUGGAAAGCAUGACCUCUCCCAGGAUUCUGGUGAGGAGCAUCCUGGACUAUGAUGCUGUGCAGAAGGUCUCCUUGGUACUGCAUGUGCAGGACACGUUCAACGGCUCGGCCUCCAACGAGCCCUUCUUCACCUCCGUGGCCUCCAUCACAGUGCAGGUGAAGGACGUGGACAACCGCCCGCCCUGGUUUCAGCCCUGUCAGAGGAUCAGCUUUGGAGCUGCCAAACUGUGUGUGAGCAGCGGCUACAGGGGGAGGGUCAACCUGACCGAGAAGGAGGAAGGCCCGCUGGUUCUGGAACCCGGUCCAGUGUUUGCCAGAGAUGGAGACCGGAACCGGAGUGAGCUGAUCAGUUACAGAAUCCUGCGAGGAAAUGAAGGGAACAUUUUCCAGAUCGAUGAGGAGUCGGGGAACAUCUCCAUGACCAAGGCGGCGGACGUGGUGGGGCCCAUAUCCCUCACAGUUCUGGCAUCCCAGGUGGCCAACAGAGACCAGUUCGCGGUGACGCAGGUGAUCAUCGAGGUGAUGAAAAAGAGCAGGAACCCCCCUCGCUUUGAGAGGGAGCGGUACGAAGGAUUCAUCUACAGCAACUCUGUUCCAGAGAGCAUGGUUCUCCGAGACCGGAGCACCAACCGCCCCUUCCGGGUCCGGGCCCAGGACGAGGACUUCGCUGGCGGGGUGAAUCCAGACGUGAGGUACGAGGUCCAGUACAGCAGCUACGUCAACGUGACCUCUGACGGCUUUGUGGUCCUGAAGAGAGUCGUGAAGACCGAGUCCUUCGCCCUGCAGCUGCGGGCCGUGGACGCAGCAACCGGCGAGUUUGGAACGGCGGCGCUCUCCGUUCAGGUCAUUCCUGCUGUAGCCGUCCCCUCCCCUGCAAACACUGGCUACCGCCCUGGCGACAUGGCGCUGCUGGGCCUCAUCAUGGCAGCUUUGCUCGUCCUUUGCCUCAUCGUGAUUGGCUUCCUGGUUUCCCGCUUGUGGAAGGGAAAGUCCAGUUUGGAAAGCUUGUGCCAGUGCCUGCGGAGCGAGCAGCCCCGGCCCGGACACCGAGACUCCCUGCAGUACACCAACGACGGCUUCCAGAACGAGUCAGACCGCGGCGGGGGGCGACGCUGGAACCUCACUCCCAGGCGCAGCACCUUUCCCCAGCCCAGGGGCCGGGUCCUCCCCCUGGAGAGGCGGGGCCACUGCUCCUCCUGCGGCAUCUACAGCAACCACGUCCCCAAGGGGAGCCCCGUGAUGAGGUCCAGCAGGAGGGGCCGAGGAGACGGGGACGAGCACGGAGUGAGGUCCAUCCUGUCGCACCAGCCGCGCAGGGAGGGGGGGAAAAGCGUGUGGUUCAAGCAGAGCGAGGACUCCUCCGACAUCGAGGUGGAGAUCAUCCCGGACACCGUGGGCCGGGUGGAGGAGGAGACUGAGGAGGAGCUGGAGGUGGAGAUGGAGGAGGUGGUCAGAGACCCUGCCGCCCCCAUGAGGGGCCCGGAGGACGCUCUCCAGAGUGAGCGCAUGCAGACCGGGGAGGAGCAGAACCCCACAGAACCGGGCUCAGACCAGGGGGAGGUGGGCCAGGAGGAGCGCUGAUGGCAGGGGUCAGAGGUCAGACUGAACAAACAGCACCUGUGAGGGGGAGGGGGGCGGAGACGCUUUUCUCACACCGCAGCAUCUGCAUGGACCUCUGCGGUUCUCAUGGGUUCUCAGAACAUGUGCCCCCUCACAUCCCAGCAUAGCAGAAGCACACGGAGCUGAAGCGGCUCUUCAGAAAACAUGCACAGAUCUGAGCAACCCUGCUGCGGGUUGGGGGGGGGGGUCUCCGACUGUCCCAGCGCUUUCUGGAGGGAUUUAACAUGAGCAGGUGUGAUGAUUCAGCAGAAACGGUCAGGCUGUCCAUGCAGGUGAGACAGAGACGUGGUGCAGCGGCGGCUGGAUUCAGGUUUGUCCCUCAGCGACGGCCCGGUUCCGGAGGAAAACAUUCUCACAUAUCCGAUCAUUUCCCUUCAUCUACCAAGAACUGCUCUUCAAUGUGUACUGGAGUAAAGUUACUUUAAAACACUAUUAAUCGAGUAGAAGCACAGAAGUGAGUAACAACCCCUCUACCGUUUCGUCUUUUGCUGUCAAUAAAGUUUUCACCAUGGAGCAUUAGGGAAGCAGUUUCCAUGACAGAAACUCUGUCUUCUUUUAGUAAAGACUGAAAAAAAAUCA